UCCUCCCCUCUUAAGGAGGUUCUCAUGACAGUCUUGAGAGUAGCUGCCAGUCUGUCACAGACUAAGUGGAGUUUCAGCAAGGCGGUGUGAUCCCGAAGACAGGAAGGCAGAACAGAAUCCUUUGAGAAUGUCAAGCUCUCUGGUUGUGUGUGAAGUGGAUGAAAGUCUGAAAGCUAAACUGAAAAAGUUUAGAUUUCGAAAAGAGACCAACAAUGCUGCCAUACUGAUGAAAAUAGACAUGGAGAAACAACUUGUUAUUCUUGAGGAGGAAUAUGAGAACAUCUCACUGGAUGAGCUGAGAGACGAACUUCCAGAGCGGCAGCCCAGAUUCAUUGUCUACAGCUACAAGUAUGUCCAUGAUGAUGGUAGAGUGUCUUACCCUCUGUGUUUCAUAUUCUCCAGCCCAAUGGGAUGUAAGCCAGAGCAACAGAUGAUGUAUGCAGGCAGCAAGAAUCAACUGGUCCAAGCUGCAGAGCUCACAAAGGUCUUUGAAACAAGAAACGCUGAUGACUUGACAGAGGAAUGGCUGAAGAACCAACUGGCAUUUUUUCGCUGAACAUGCAACUCCCUUACCUCCUGUACUUUCAGUCUUUUUCUUUGUGAAAUGCAUCCCUCCAUUUUAAUUUCAACUGUUUUGUAUGCUAUUGCUAUUAAAUGAUCUAUGAUAUACGCAA